GAGAAGAAUUCAUUGUAAAAAUGUGUGUAAUUUUUGCAGCCAUCCUGUAGGCCUAUAUCCUUGACUGAAGCGCCAUCAGCUGGUGAUUUGACAUGAAGUUGGGUUGGAAGUUGAGGGCUCCAGUCUAAGACUAUCCAUAACACAGCACUUGUCCGGCCCACCGCCCAUCUAAUCGCAUGCUUUUGGGAGGAGAGCAGGGUUGCUUUAAAAGCUGCAUCUGGUGCCGGUGAGCACAGGAUCUACAGACCCGCACAGGAAAAUCUAGAGCCGGCAAAAUGGUUCAAUGGACAGACUUCGAGCGCGCCACCAUCCAGGACAUCUUCUCCAAGAUAGACUAUGAGGUCGUGGGCCCUGCAGCUCUUUCCAGGUGUCUGGUCGUCUACCCCUGGACUCAGAGGUAUUUCGGCAACUUUGGAAACCUCUACAACGCCGCUGCUAUCACUGGAAAUCCGAUGGUUGCAGCUCACGGAAAAGUUGUCCUCCACGGUUUGGACCGGGCUGUGAAGAACAUGGACAACAUCAAGGAAACCUAUGCCGAGCUGAGUGUGCUGCACUCCGAGAAACUGCACGUGGACCCUGAUAAUUUCAAGCUGCUGUCUGACUGCCUGACCAUUGUGGUUGCUGGUCAGCUGGGUAAAGAGUUCACUGGUGAAGUCCAGGCAGCUUUUCAGAAGUUCCUGGCCGUGGUGGUGUCCUCCCUGGGAAGGCAGUACCACUAGAGAUCUGCAACAGAAGACCAUCACAUGCUGAUCAUUUGUUUAAAAGCUCUUUGUUUUUGUCUCAAAAGCAAAUAAAACAACUUGCAAAUUCAA